AUGUGCAACGACGACCAUAAAGAAUAUCUUCGACAGUACGAAGCUGCUCGACUUCAAAUGGAGAGACGCUGCACUUCCGAAGAAUCGGACGAAGGCCUCGGCCAUUCUGGCUCCGAUGGCGAAUCCAACCGAACUGGUUCUCCGACCCAUCCAAAAUGCGAAAACUUGGAAGAAAUCGAAAACAUGAACCUCGAUGGCGAAAAUGUCGAGCUCGACGAAAACGGAAAGCGAAAAGAAGACCUUUACAAAUGCCGAUACUGCGACCGAACCUUCUGCUACCUCUGUCACCUUAAGGUGCACGAGAGAGUUCACACUGGCGAGAAACCCUACAAAUGUACUUACUGCGAUGUCACAUUCAGUCAACUCGGCUCCUUGACUGUCCACAUGAGAAUCCACACCGGCGAAAAACCCUACGAGUGCCGAAUCUGCCUCAAAAAGUUCCGCCACAUCAACUCACUCCGCCGCCACCAGCGUCAAGUGCACCGAAAGACCCCUGCCGAGGUGGACGCUUCUCCUCGCGGAGCUGACAUGAUCCCCACUCCUGGCCGUGGCUUCCCCGCUGCCUCCGGUGCCCCAGCCACUCCCUACCCCGCCUAUCCACCAGCCAAUCUGGCCAACAGAGCCGCAUUGAAGUCCGUCCUCGAGAUGCGACAAAUGGCCGCUGCUCACCACAACCCAGCAAUGAACAAUCUCAACUACGUUCGCCAAAUGCAGCUCCAGCAGCAAUACCAGCUCCAAGCCCAGCAGCAACAGCAACAAGCCGCCUGGCAGCAACAGCUCAUCCGCUCGAUGAGCCAGCACAGCCUCGCUCAGCCAAAACCUGUUGUCAAGUCGACCAACCACAGCAUCGCCAGCAUGAUCUCCGAUGCGCCACAAACUAACAAGCCGAAGAAACACUCUUUCUCCAUCUCCGCCUUGGUCGGCGAGGACAGCGAAUCGGAAGACGACACCGUCCGAAUCGACUGCCCCGAGGUCGAUGAAGAAGUCGACGUCAUCUCCGACGAUCACAUCUCCGAGGACGCCCAUUCCUCCGACCCAUCAGCCUCGCCCUGCCACAGCGCUGGAAACACCAGCGAUGACAGCGGCGCCGCCUCCGGCCACAGCAUCAACAUCGUUGUCAACGACGAGGACUUGCGACGAGCGCUCACCGUCGACCCCGAAGCCUCUCCGAAGCCGAAAAGGCUCGACUUCGCCAAAAACUUGCUGAUAUUGCUCUGCGAAAUAUUUCUUCGGAUUCUGGCUUCCAGCACGAUAUCUGCUGCUAAAAAGCUUUUAUUUAUGGUUGCCAAGUCCGGAAAACCUUGUUAA